AUGGCGGCGCCCAGCUUCCCCACGCCGCUGUACGGGCAUGUGGGCCGCGGCGCCUUCAGCGACGUGUACGAGCCCGCGGAGGACACUUUUCUGCUUCUGGACGCACUCGAAGCGGCGGCGGGCGAACUCACGGGAGUGGAAAUAUGCCUCGAGGUUGGCUCAGGGUCUGGAGUGGUGUCUGCAUUCCUAGCCUCUGUGAUCGGUCCUCAAGCUUUGUAUAUGUGCACCGAUGUCAACCCUGAGGCAGCAGCAUGUACCCUGGAGACGGCACGCUGUAACAAAGUCCACAUUCAACCAAUAAUUACAGAUUUGGUCAAAGGCUUGCUACCAAGAUUGAAGGAAAAGGUCGAUCUUCUUGUAUUUAAUCCUCCUUAUGUAGUGACUCCACCUGAAGAGGUCGGGAGUCACGGGAUACAGGCGGCUUGGGCUGGUGGGAGAAGCGGUCGUGAAGUCAUCGACAGAUUCUUACCACUGGCUCCAGAUCUCCUCUCACCAAGAGGAUUGUUCUAUUUAGUCACCAUUAAAGAAAACAAUCCAGAAGAAAUUUUGAAAAUAAUGAAGACCAAAGGUCUACAAGGGAUCACUGCGCUUUCCAGGCGAGCAGGCCAGGAAAUCCUGUCGGUUCUGAAGUUCAGCAGGCCCUGA